UUAUUCUUCGCCGCGAUUGGUUGAUUUAAAUCGUACGAUAAAAUGUAAGGACGCGAUUGGUUGAUUUAAAUCGUACGAUAAAAUGUAAGGAAAGUUAUUGGAUCGUUGGAAAUUGCAUACGUGAUUAUUGCAUUUUUCGACCAAUAGAAGACACUUGUGAGCAGCUGUUAAUCUGUAAAAUAAAAUGACUGACAUAUUUGACAAUUCACAAAGAGAGAUGCAGUUGAUUAAUUCUGUAGAUGAAUCGGAUAUCAAAGAAAAUUAUAACAAUGGUGAAAAAGUAAGACUUAAGAAGCAAUUAGGUUUAUUAGAAGGUGUUGCCAUUAUUUUAGGAAUCAUAUUUGGUUCAGGUAUUUUUGUUUCACCGAAAGGUGUGAUACAAGAGGUUGGAAGUGUAGGACUUUCUUUGAUAAUUUGGGUAUUAUGUGGACUAUUGUCUAUGAUUGGAGCUUUAUGCUAUGCGGAAUUAGGCACAAGUAUACCACGCAGUGGUGGAGAUUAUGCCUAUAUUCAUGAAGCCUUUGGCUCUUUGCCAUCAUUUUUAUAUCUAUGGGCUGCAAACCUAAUUUUUGUGCCUACAACUAAUGCUAUAAUGGCAUUAACAUUUGCUCAAUAUGUUCUACAACCUUUUUUUCCAAAUUGUUCUACACCAGAUAAUGGUAUAAGAUUAAUUGCAGCAGUAACACUGUGUUUGUUAACAUUUGUCAACUGUUACGAUGUAAAAGAAACAACAAAGAUGCAGAACAUAUUCAUGUUUGCCAAAAUUGCUGCUUUAGUAAUUAUUAUUAUAGCUGGAUUAUCUUGGUUGUGCAUGGGACAUACAGAAAACUUCGAGAAUGCUUUUGACAAUACAAAUACAAGUCCUGGAAAAAUUGCAGUGGCCUUUUAUUCUGGUAUAUUUUCAUACUCUGGAUGGAAUUAUUUAAAUUUCAUGACUGAAGAAUUAAAAAAUCCUUAUGUAAAUUUACCACGUGCAAUUUACAUUUCACUGCCAUUAGUUACAUUAAUCUAUGUAUUAGCCAAUGUUGCCUAUUUAUCAGUUUUGACGCCGACUGCGAUGAUUUCUUCGAAUGCCAUUGCCGUAACGCUUGGAGAUCAACUUCUAGGAGUUAUGGCAUGGAGUAUACCUGUUAUGGUUGCAAUUUCUGCAUUUGGAGGAUUAAGUGUUCACAUUAUGACUUCUUCCAGAAUGUGUUUUGUUGGUGCCAGAAACGGACAUUUUCCAUCUAUGCUUAGUCAUAUUAAUGUAUCAAGAUUUACUCCUACACCUGCUUUAGUAUUCCUGUGUAUAUUAUCAUUAAUAAUGUUAUGCACAAGUGAUAUAUUUGUAUUAAUAACAUACUGUAGCAUAGUGGAAUCUUUCUUCAUUAUGUUAUCAGUAGCUGGUGUUUUGUGGCUUCGAUAUAAGAAACCUAACAUGACUAGACCAAUAAAGGUACCUUUAUGGAUUCCUAUAACGUUUGUAGCAUUAUGUGCAUUUUUAGUAAUAGUACCUUGUUAUGAAAGACCUUACGAAGUUGGUAUGGGUAUUUUAAUAACAGCAUCUGGUAUUCCUGCUUAUUUCAUGGGCGUUAGAUGGCAAAAGAAACCAACUUGGUUUCAGAAAAUCAAUGUUAAAGUUACGCAUACCGUACAAAAAUUAUUUAUGUCUGCAAGAGAGGAAGAAGAAGAAAUGGAAUAAAAAAAUGUGUAACUUCAGAGCAAUAAUCAUCGAUUCAUUUUCAAAUUAAUAAUGCGACUUUAUAUUGAAGAAUGCGUGAAGAAAAAUCAAAAGAAAUAAAUAAAAGAGAUAUGUCGCGAAUAAGUAAGUAUUAUUGGAAGAAAAAGAAAAAUUUGUGUCUAAAAGAAAAAGUUAUUUAUUGGCUGUAAUUGUUGAUCGUUUUAUAUAUAUUUUUUAACUUGUAUUAUUAUACAAGGUAACGAUAUUUAAAUGUGGCAUUCGGUAUUAUGAAUGUUUAUUCUAUUUUAUAUGUGAAAUGUGUAGUUUUUUAUUGAUCAAGAUGGAUAAAUCUACUUGGUAUAAUAUAAUGUAAACAACAAAAAAAAAAGGAAAACGGAAUAAGAUUACAUAAAUAAUUUGUUGACGUCAUAGACGUUUGCAUCUUUUUUUUCUUUAUCUAUAAAUAAAGAUAAAAAGAUAUUUAACUGUAAACGUAAUUAUGCAAUUUUUACGAUUACAUUAGAAAAAUUCUACCUACGAACUCGAAUGUGGGGAAAUAGGGAUCAACGAGCAAAAAUAAUUUUUUCUGUUUCUGUGCAAUUUUGUUGGAUACGCGAUUAAUAAAAAUAAAAUGGUAUAGCAUUUUUUUAACAUUGAAUAAUCGCAAUAAACAAAAUGUAUAGCAGUACGCUUAUCUCAUAGUAUUGCUUAAACAGAUCUGAGUUUAAUAAUUCUUUUGUUCUCAAUUUUUUUUUAUUAGCUUUAUUUAUUAUGUAUGUUUCAAAAAAUAUCGUUUUUGUGUGUGUCAUUUAAUACUUAAUUCGAUUUAUUUUGACUGAUUAUGAUCUUUUUAACGCAACAUUUAUAACAUAAAGAAAAGGCGCAAUUAUUUUUGAGA